AUGCCGCAUGAUCGGAACGGGCGACUAGAGAGUGGCGGCCCAGGGCCUGGGCCUCGCCGAUCGCACCUACCCGGAUGGCUUCCGGGCCUGCGUGCCGCUCGCCACACAGACCUCGAGCCCUACAUCGCGCGCAUCGCCGAUGGCGACACCUCCACUGUGCUCACCGCCACGCCCGUCACCUCAUUCUCCCUCAGCUCCGGCACAACGCUGGGGAAGCGCAAGUACCUGCCCUUCAACGACGAGCACUUCAAGACAGCGAUGCAGACGUACCAGACAUCCUUCGGUUUCAGGAACAGGGCUUUCCCCGUGGAGGACGGCAAGUCGCUGCAGUUCGUUUACGCCAGCGGGCACUCCACGACCAAGGGCGGCCUCACGGCGACCACGGUCACCACCAACCUCUACCGUAACAAGGAUUUCAAGGCCAACAUGCGCUACAUCCAGUCCGAUCCCUGCAGCCCCAAGGAGGUGCUCUUCUGCCCAAACUUCACGGAAUCGCUCUACUGCCACUUCCUCUGCGGCCUGCUCCUCGCCGGCGAGGUCCGCUCAGUGUCCGCCUAUGACUGA